UGAGAUGUCGGGUACGUAGGCGGCCUACGGGUCCAAGUCCACUAAUAAAUAAAACCCUUUUCUCCCUAAAAUUAACAAAAACGUAUAUUAAUUCUUCCAACGUAAUUACAUGUUGAUGAACAUGUAAUAUAUGUAAAAAAAAUGACAUCACAUAUUCGAUGUAAAUCCAAAUAAUUUCAAACAAGCAAUUAUCAAUUAAGAAGACAAAUCAAACUUAUAGUACCGACUUAGGGCGAUGUAAGGGUGCUAAUACCUUCCUUACUCGUAACCGACCCCCGAACCCAUAAAUCUAUUUCGCAGACCGCGCCGAGCCUAAAUCGUAACCGAUUUAUGCUUGACUUCCCAAGUGUCCAAUCCACUUUGAGAGAUUGGUGGCGACUCCUCUUUUUCGCGCCGCGUCGCGGACGAACCGUUUGCGACAGAUACGUUAGGCAAGAUAUAGAUUAGCAACUUCUGGAGAUUCACCUUUUGUCAGUACAAGAAUACCUAUAUAUAGUGGCUAAUUGUCGAGGCAAGUAUUGUAUUUGCCUCUAGAAGUAUACUAUAUUCAACGGAUAUACAAUUUGCCUCAAUAGGUUCUAUUAUGUUCCCCUAAAGGUAGUAGAUAUACUACUAAUAUAUAAUUUGCCUCUAUAGUUUUUUUAUAGACUCUAUAGUUAUAAAAUUAUGCAACUCCCAAUUAUUUGUAGCCACGAAUAAUCUUUUUGCCUCAAUAGAUGGUUAGUAUUUGUUGCUAUAGCUAAUAUAUCACUUAAAUAUUCAUAUAAAUCACUUUAAAAAGACUAGCUGCGCAAGUUUAUAAUAACUCUUGGGGAGAUAAAAAGGAAAGGUUGUAGUUUUUUUUUAAAAAGGAAGGUUGUAAUCAUAAGAAGAAAAGGAAAGGUUGGGAUAUGAAGAUUUUUGACAUCCCAAAUCCCUCUUUCCUCUCCCUUCACACUACGUCCGUCCAUCUCUACUCUCCGCUUCCUUCUCCCACUGUCGAUACCCAUCAAUCAUCAUCCUCUUUCACUCUCUUCAAACCCAUAUCCAUCUUCCAACUAUCUCAUGAAAGAACAAUCGGCAGCACCCUCUUGCUUCCAUCGCCGCCGUCGAGUUGGGUAAUCAUAGUCGCCGUCGAGCGGCACCGCCGAUCCAGACUCAAUAAAAACAUCGAGAUCGAAUCCGUCAUUUUCAGGCUACUUCAAUCGAUCUCCCUGCCACAUAUUCCUCGUCUUUCGUGCUAACAUCAUGCCGAAUUGAAGAAGAAAAGUACUCUCUCAGUUCGCAAUCGCCAGAUUUGCAAGAGUUCGAUCGCGCAAUCCCCAGAUCAGUUACCCCUUAAGGUAUCAGGUUAUUGUUUGAGUAGAUCUGUGAUUUUUGGUAAACAUAUUUACCCUUGACAGUGUUCGCAUUUUGUGGAACUGAUUUCAAUAUUCAUUUGACUUUUUUGGUGCAGGUUGAAGUGGAGAGCAGCUGAUAGUUUGACGAAGCCAGUUGAGGUUGGUUCAACAAAUAGUGUUCUUGCAUUGGCAAUAAUCGAUUCUAUGUGUUUCAGAAUGUACUGCUAGUUAUUCAUCGGGGGGAAAAUCAUGUACUCUGAUUCCCCUUGGGAAUUUCAUGAUUCCAAAUGAAUAAAAUCUUCAUUUCUAAUAAUUAAUUUUAUAAAUAAUGUACCUAAAUUGAAAAUAAGUUUCAAUGUAGAAUAUUAUUUGCCUCUACAAACACAAACAGAGGCAGAUUUUUAUGCCUCAUAAACUCUAUUUUUAGAAACAAAAAUGUUUGUCGCUAAAAUGCAUUUUAGAGACAAAAUUUUGUGGCCAUAAAAUUGGUAUCUGCGGCUCAAAUGUUAGUCGUUAUAUCUCUAAUUAGAAGCAUAUAUUAUUUGCCACUAUAUUUGCCUCUAUAGGACUAUAGCCACUGGAGUAUUAGAGGCAAAAGUAUCAUCUGCCUCUAGAUACAUAUAGAGGCAAAUAAGUUAAUUAUAGAGGCAAAUUUUCUUAACCACUAUAAAUGAGUUUUCUUGUAGUGUGUCCUGAGCUACUUCAGAAUUCCUCCAGACACUACUUGAUUGUCCUUAUCUGACUUAGCCCAGCUUCAGCAAACAACAUGAGAUCAUCUGCAAAAAAGAGGUGUGAGAGCUUUGGAGCACCGGGAGAAAAAGUCAGAGGUUUCCAUCUUUUCUCCUCGAUGGCCUGGUCAAUUUUAUGAGACAAGCGUUCCAUACUAAGAACAAAGAGGUAGGGUGAGAGGGAGUCAACCAUUGCAUCGAUUUAGGCAUUUAGCUAUUGCAGUAUGAUCAGAUGGGUAUAAGCCAACCACUGCAUCUGUUCGACAAUAAAUGGUUUCAGUUUUGAUUGGUUAUAAAAACCAAUCUGACUAGGUACAAAAAAUAUAAUCAAAUCAAAUUAAUUCCAACAAAAAAACCAAAGCAAGUAACAAUAAAGGCAUUAUGGUCCAUCUCCUUAGGCUACUUUUAGUAGCCCAAGUGGACUUCUUAAGUUAAAUAAUCAAUUUCAAUUCCACAUUUCAUCAAUAUGGCACAAGUGAACUACUUUGACUUGGCUAUUUUAAGUAUUUUUCCUGCAUUUCUAUUCACACCACAAAAAAAAAAACAAUAUGCGGGACCAAAUUAACGGAUGGGGUCGAAGUUAUGUGGUUACAUUUAAAACAUGUAGUUGAGUUCUAAUAGGGUAGUUAUCCUAAAUGGUCACAAAACUAUUCACUUUGUACAAAACGGUCACAAACCUUUAUUUUUGUACGUUUUAGUAACAUAUGUUUGGACUAAUAACAAAAAGGUAAUUCCGUCCAUCUCCAUCCAAAUUUCUGUUAGUUUGGUCCAGUCAGUUAUCCCGUCAACAUCCACAUCAUCGAAAUAACUAAUAAAAAAUAAAAUAAAAUCAAUUAAACCCUAACCAAGCCACCACCCCAAUCCAACCCAACCCAUUCUUCCAUACCUCCUUUCCCUCUCUGCAACCAUCUCGCACCACCCAUCUGCAGAAAAACUUCCGCCCAUCCGUUGGUUGUUGGCGGCUGAUGUAUUCUUCCGCCAAUCCACCUCGAAUACAUUUACUGCCGGCUGCGACGGAGUCCGGAUCGGAGGAGGCGACCGCCGGAGGGAGAAUCAGAAAACGACUGACUUGGACGAAGGAGAAGGAAGCGGUAUCGCUGGCGGCAUUGUGGAGGAACAGAUACUGGGUACUUAUUACUGAGGCAUGGGAAAAGUAUUCCAAAAGGAAUCAUCGUCCACCAUGGUUACUUCUGUUCCUUUCCCCCACUUUCCCUGUGGUUCCACCAAUUAUAAAGAUUUAAUCUUUAUAGUAUUUACUAGCAACCCGGUAAGGAUUUCUUGUUCUAGACUAUGCAUUUCGAUUACCAGUUUCUGGGGUUCUGUGAUCGACACAAAAGUAUUCCACACAUCAAGGGCUUUUGUUAGUCGCUCAACAAAAUGAAGGACAGUUCCUUCGAGCUGACCCUUGGAAGCAAAAGGAAAACAAGCGCAAUACCUAGCAAGCAAGAAAUUAGAUGAAGACUCCCCUGAGAUCAAUGAAUCCAGGUCAUGUUCGGUGGAAAGCGAAAUUCUAGUUAUCGAGAAGACUAACAGACCACGCCAUAGAUAGAUAGGUGCCUUGGAGCUGGGGUGAUGCGUGGCAUAUAAAAACUUCCAAGCUCGAUUCAAUCCUUGGCCAGGGGUCUUUAACUUUGAUUUGGGAAAACUUCAAUGGGGCUCUCCGCUUUUAUACAGGGGAGGGAGAAGAGAUAGAGAUGAAGGGGUUGGGUUGGGUCGAGUUGGGGUGGUGGGUUGGUUGGUUAGGUUUUAAUUGGUUUUAUUUUAUUUUUUAUUAAUUAUUUUGAUGAUGUGGAUGCUGACGGGACAAUUGACUAGACCAAAUUAACAGAAUUUUGGAUGGAGAUGGACGGAAUUACCUUUUUGUUAUUAGUCCAAACAUAUGUUACUGAAAUGUGCAAAAUUAAAGGUUUGUUACCGUUUUGUACAAAGUGAAUAGUUUUGUAACCAUUUAUGAUAACUACCCAGUUCUAAUAACACUGGAAAAUACACUUCUCGGCGUCCAUGACCGCUUGAUUCUCUGACGUUCUAGCAAAAUACAUUUCCCCGCUGCACCCGUUUCUCGUGGAAUAAGUUGGGAUUCCGCUGUUGGUGGAGACCAUAAGAGCAACUUUGCCUCUCCCCAACUGUUCUCUAGUAACAAUAGAGGAAGACCUGGUUGGAGCCACCAAUCACAAACGAUGGACGAAGGUGAAAAGGGGUAGAGGCGUGUGAUUGGAGGAAGGAGAAGGGGCUGGGGCAAAUUGGAGGUGGAUGACCAUUUCGCUUUAUUUUACUUAUCUUUUAUUUUUUGUGUUUUUUAAUCAAUUCCACGCGACAAUAUUUUAUAUUAAGUGACACAAAAUCAGCAAAAACGUAAGUCUUGUCAUCAUUUAAAAGAACUUCAUGCAAUUGUUUAUUAUUGUCACAAAAUCGAUAGUAAGCCUAUACAAGUGUAUUUUGCCAUUAAAGUAUGAUGUGGCGCCCUCGUGCUAUGGCAUGUCGAGUUGUCGCUGACAUGUGCAUCAAUAUGGUAUCCUCAUCAACGUCUUGUUAAUGUAACUUACGAAAUCUCGAACGACAUUAAAUUUUUUAAUGAAAGUGGUUAAAUUUG